AUCAUUUUCCUAAACAGAAGAUGGGAGGAAAAGAGGAGCUGAGGAUUUGGAGGUGUUCCCCUUUGUCAUUUACCUGUCACACCCCUGGAUCAUCCCCAAGUGUCAGGCCUAAAUUUCCCCGGGGGACAUCCUUCCCACCCGGCGGAAGGCUCCGAGGGGAAGCCCGCUGGGCCACUAGAGGGCGCGGAGCGGGCCGCAGAGACCCCAGAGCCGCGUUAUGGCGGCGGCGCGGGUGCUUCUGUCCGGGCGCCCGGAGUCGGUGAGCUUCGCGCAGAGCGUGUGUGGCCUCCUGGGCGCCGGGCCGGGGCUCGGGCCGUGGCCCACGUACUGCGGCCUCAAGCGGGGACAACUCGUCCUCUCGGACAGGCCGUUCCCAGGCGCCUCCGCCAGGCUUCCGCUCCAGCGACCCCCUUUCUGCCCUUUUCCGACCCUGGAUCAGCAGCCCAGGGCUCCUGGGGCCGAGCUGCCCACGAAUCGAGGUGUGGAUCUGGCUGUGGCGGUCGUUCUGCAGUCCAGCGAUCAGACUGUCUUGUUGACCCGAAGGACACGCACUCUCAACGUUUCCCCCAACCUCUGGGUACCCCCAGGUGGGCACGUGGAACCUGAUGAAGAGCUGCUGGACGGAGGACUUCGAGAGCUUUGGGAGGAGAGUGGACUACAGCUGCCCCAGGGCCAGUUCUUUUGGGUCCCUCUGGGGUUAUGGGAGUCUGCCUACCCUCCUAGGCUGAGCUGGGGUCUCCCCAAAUACCAUCACAUCAUUCUCUAUCUACUUGUCAUCUCCCAGGAGUCACAGCAGCAGCUACAGGCCCGGAUCCAACCAAACCCAAGAGAGGUGAGCGGCCUUAUGUGGCUGGGACCAGAUGUAGCAGCUGCGGUGGCUGCCACAGAGGAUGGGACAGAUACACCCAGACAUCUUCCCCAGGACCUACCGCCUUCUGUCCUGCAGGAGCUGUCGUUCUGCAGUGCGGUGGAACUAGAAGAGAAUGGAGGCGCUCGACCUCUGGUCUUGCCCACGUCCACACUGCUGCGGACGACCCCAGCCACAGCAGAUAGCAAAGAGAGGGUCAGCACUGGGACCAAGUUUGCCCUCAGGCUCUGGCUACAGCAUCUGGGCAGUUACUCCAGCUGUCUGUUUGGCCAAAGAGAACGGAAUGGACAUGAAGAGACAAAUGGAUAUGGAGAAGGAACACAGCCGGCUUUGGGGAAUGGGAAGAGAGGGCAUCUGGGGGACACGAGAAGGGCCCCUUCCCCACGAGGCUUUAGACAGUCAAGGCUGAGGAUUCAGCCCUUUCCCCAACUCACAUCCCAUCCCAUUUGCCUCCCACUGCCUAGGUUAACAGACCCAAAGGAAUGGGCCGGACGUCAAAGAACAUUUCCAAAAACAGACCCCAAAUGUCCUUUAAAAGAGGUUAAAUAUUAACCCUUUGGGUGCUAGCCUUGUCAGGCAGAGAUAAGGCCAAAAACAGGUGUCCAUGAAGAUCUUUCUGGCCUUGACCAAAGCCCUUCUGAGGGGUCAGAGGGGCCAGGGUUCCAGACUCCACAGCAUACUUGCUCAGUGUUGCGAGGCGGUGAAGGUUCCAUAAUCCAGGGGACUCAGUCCAGGGAAAUGAUGUCUGACCGACAGCCAGUCAAAGAGGGACCUGAGGGCAGGGGUCCUCCAUGCCCCUCCCUUAAGUUUCCCCCAGGGGCCACAAUGCUACUGACACGGCCAGGAGGGGGUGCUGGAGUGGUGCUGCGGUGAGAGCUCCCCAACGUGGGGCCUAGCGGGCCCAGGAAGUGGGACGGGGUCCCUCGGUACUGGAAGAAGUGGCCCAGGGCAUCCUGUUCGUCUAGCGAGGUGAUGACGGACGGACCAUAGUGCUAGGAGGAAUCAAGAGCAUGGUUUAAGAUUUUAUCCUGACUUUACCCACUCCCAGUCACUCAUCUCAGAAAUAUCAUAUGGGAUAAAUAAACCCCUCAGGAUCGCAAAGUAUUCUCUGAGAUGCAGGAGAGGCUCCCUCUGACUGCUUCCCCUACUUCCCCAUACCCCACCCCUCUUCCCUGCCUGGAGACAGCCCCACCAGCUUGCUAGAUUCUCGGCCCUGUGGGCGUCUGAAAUGUGUGGAAUGUCCGGCUGGGGCAGUCAUGGUGCUCAAGU